GUGUAAACGCGAGGGAUAGCAUUUUCGCUUGGAGCGUUUUUCCUUCUCUUUAGGCAUUGUUAUAAUUUUAAUUCGAAUUAGUAAAUUAAUAUAUUGCUGUCGUGUUUUUUUGUGAUUUUUAGGAGAGGUAUAGCUUUUCUUGAUUACUUAACAAGGGGCUACGUUAAAGAUUACACCAGUCGUCGAUAUCUUUAAGUAAUACCUUUAUACUCGAGACCAAUUCAUCUUUUCAUCGCUGUUGUUAAAGGUUGAAUACCUUUCAGCACAGCAAUACACGCACAAGUCACAAGAGAGGUGAUAAACAAGGGUGAUGUGAACCAAGAGAGUUCCUCUCGCUGAACAUGCAUCGACUACAAGUUUUCAUUCUUCUCUUGGCUGUGCUAGUUACGUCGCUAGCAGCGCACUAUGAAAACACUAUUCUCGUAUCGCCACAUGGAAUCGACAACGAAACCUGUUGGGAAUCCAGUAAGAAUACCAGCCGACCUUGUAGGACGGUGAAUUACGCAUUGGAACAUUCACGAAACGCAACACGAAUUCUCAUUAGCACUGGAGAAUACGUCUUGAGGAAUAGCCUGACUGUACAAAACACGUAUAUAUUGGCAAUUGAGGCCGAAGAUGCGGUCACAAUAAGAUGCUUAGGGGACGUCGGGGUGUCUUUUAUCCGUAGCGGUAAUAUCAGUCUUAUUGGCUUGACGCUUAAAAAUUGUGGCGCACUUCAUCCAAGUACGAUAGGAAAAGCAUUCGCAAAGAAGGCUCACAGCCCGUUCUUUGUUGCACUGUACUUCACGUAUUGUAGAAAUAUAGAGAUGGUCGACUGUACGAUAAGUGAAAGCCCUGGUAUCGGGUUAAUCUUGUACGACAAUGGAGGGUUUAUUCGUGUAAAAGGGACGCGAUUUACCCAUAAUGCACCUAUCAAAAGGAAUUGUUCGGGUAAUGAUUAUUACGUCAAGGCAGGGGGAGGAGUAUAUUUUGAGUACACCUUUGACGGCUCUCUGUCACCAUACAACACAAAAGAACAACUCCGCUACCAGCAUGAUAAUCAAAUCUUGUUUGAGAACUGUACCUUUGAGAUGAAUGAAGCCCCAGAGUUAUGUUUUAAUAGCAUGAUAGAGUAUCCAUCAGGGUCUCACCACAUGCCUUUCGGCCGGGGUGGCGGAAUGUCGAUAUUCAUGCGAGGACUGUCCAGGAAUAACCACUUAUUGGUCAAAGACUGUCUUUUCGUCUCGAAUCACGCCAUAUGGGGUGCUGGGCUUUUCGUGGAAUUCCACGAUGCUUCCCAGAAUAACACUGUUCGAAUUCAGGGAACUGUGUUCAAAAAUAACUCAGCGACUACCGCGGGUGGCGCAGUGCGAUCGGCUUUGGUCAAUACCGGCAAGUUAACCAUAGCGAAUAAGAUCGUACACGAGGAAUGUUUUUACGACGGCAACACUGCGCUCAUGUCAGGUGGUGUAUCGCACUUUGGGAACUUCUACAAGCCUAUACAGAGUGAUGACUACCGCAGGGUGAGCUUCGAGAACUGCACUUGGAUCAACAACAAAGGGACGCUUGGUUCUUCCAUUGGGCUUUCAACACCAGCCACGGAAAUCACACUCGGGAACUUAAACCCUGCGAUUGAGGGACCUCUGGUGCCGUAUGUGGUUACUCUACAUAACUGUUAUGUUUUAAACAAUGUGGUAGUCCCAGGAGAAGAUAACCAAGUCAUCGGCCAGGGUUCCGUCUACUCUUACGCCGUACCUAUGGUUUUCUCGGGGAAUAUUACAUUUGUCAAUAACACUAACACUGCACUUGUACUUGACGCCGCGGUACUUAAGAUCUAUGGGAAGACCGUGUUCCGUGAUAAUCAAGGCAUUGAGGGAGGAGCCAUCGCUCUAUAUGGACCGUCCGUUAUUAAUCUAAUGCCCGACUCUAAGCUGUACUUUAGACGCAAUAUAGCUUGGGAAAGGGGUGGAGCACUGUUCGUGCGAAGUGGUAGCCCGCCUGUUGUCGCGUUUAACACCACGGAUCUCGUCACUCACGGGUGCUUUCUGGUUUACAAUGAGACCACAUCUCUGACUCACGUCUCGAACUGGCAAACGGAGCUAUUGUUCGAGGAUAACACAUCCCCUCCUGGUGGCGGGAAAUCAGUGUACGCCACGACCCUCCGGGGGUGCCGGCGGGUGGGCGAGGGCAGAAUAAAUUAUGCUUCCUUACAGUGGAAGUUUGUACAGUACUUUAGAAAUGGGGAAAAAGCGGAGGAAAUCAAGGAUGAGAUCUCUACUGAUCCAAUCAUGAUGGAGGUUAUGAGGAGUGAUUGGGCUGUCGCACCGAGCGAGAAAUUCAACGCAAGCGUCAAACUCUUUGACGAAAAAAACAGCUUGGUGUCUGCAGUGGUUAAUAUUUCUAUCCUGCAAGACGAUGUAUCUUUGGAUAUACCAUCUCCCGUUUUACUCGUCAAGCAAGACAGCAAGUGCCACGGCCUUGCGAUCAAAGGGAAAAUCAACAGUGACUUUGAUAUCAAUCUCAGGACGGUAGGAAGCCAGUUUAUUGGGGUCACAGAGAGGGGAUUGAGACUACAGGAGUGUCUACCGGGGUUUAUACAAGAUUCGGGGACGGACACUUGCAAGUGCGUGCCGAGAAAGAUCUACGACGGUCUGUCACGAUGCGAGGGGAACAACGUCUACCUGAAGACCGGCCACUGGGGAGGGAGGGUUGGCGGUCAAUUUGUCACCUACCCCUGUCCCCAGGGGUACUGUAGCGAUGAUGUUACGGGGGGAGGGAGGGAAUACAGGCUGGAUUUGAAGGAUCGUUGUGCUGAGAAUAGAAACCAGAGCUCGACCCUAUGCGGGAGCUGUCGAUACGGUUACAGUGUGUUCAUGGGGAAUGAAAAGUGUGGGGAUUGCUCUAAUAACCACUUGUGGCUCCUCGUGAUCUUCUUUAUCGGUACUCUCAUGCUCGUGCUACUUAUCCUAAAGAUCAACGUUGAUAUCUUCACAGUUUACCUCAACUCGUGGCUCUACUCGUAUCAAAUCAUCGGCUUCCUGCUGCAAAAAGGUGAAGGUCUUGAUUCUUUCCUCACCUUUGUGGUAGGAAUCGCUAAUUGGGAACUUCCAGGGUACGGAUCAUGCUUUUGCUCCGGGCUCACAAAUCUUUACAAACUGGGAAUCAACUACGGCUUACCGAUUUACGUUUUGGUUCUGCUGCUAGUGUUAUCUAAGAUUGCUAAGCUCAGACCGGGCUGUUACAUCAAUAAGAACGUGUCUCGCGCCUUCUGUACCCUCCUUGUUCUGUGCUACACCAAGAUAACUAUGAUCUCGUUCAGCAUCUUGCACUAUGUUAAUGUCGGUAACCGAUGGGUGCUCUUCUACGACGGGGAAAUUGAUUUCCAUCGCGACUGGAAAGAACAUCUUCCCUUUACCGUGGUUGCUAUUCUUAUGUUGCUGUUCUUUGUCUUAUCGUUACCCAUCAUGCUCCUGUUCACGCCUUGGCUUAUGAUGAAGUUUCCUUGUUUGAUGAGGUUUCGACUCUUCUUUGACCUAUUCCAAAGCUGUUUUGAAGACCAGGAAAAGCGGAGAAACCAUCGCUGGUUUGCGGCGUUUUAUCUGCUCUGUCGUAUCUUUAUAAUCUGCAUUGCGCUUUACCCGCCUUUCGGCCCGUUGAAGAGAUCGCUCCUGGAGGCUUGCUGUGUGCUGAUAUGUGGCACGUGUCUGUACAUCCAGCCCUAUAACACCCGCUACACCUGGCUGAACACGGUGGACGCCCUUCUCCUAGUCAACCUCGCGCUCAUCACCAUCUUUAGCUCAGGUCGGACAGUAGAGGCGGGCGACUGGACGAAUAUCGCACUCUGGUACAUCGUAGACGUCAUGGCGUAUUUCCCACUACUGUACCUAACAGUUCUAAUCGCGGUCAAGCUCGUUGCUCUAGUCAGAGAUGAGGCGCAUUGGGAAAACCUGAGAAACCGGUUUCAAGAUAGCGAUGGGACCUCCACGCAGGCGCAAACUACGGUCACUGAGUUUCAAGUCACUGCAAGACAUGUGACAGAAGACACGUGACGUAGAUGACAUCAUGGAUCCGUUAACCUGAUGCCUACAACACUGUAAUGUUCAACAGUUUCAAUGGUUACAAGUUAAUAAAGUCUCCUCUAAUAAAGCAUGAAAAUAUUCUUUUG